AUGGAUCCAUUCACAGAGGUUUUACAAGAUGCCGAACAACAACUGGCGAAUCUUUCGCAGCUGCUCACACAAAACUCAUUCACAGACGAGUCAAAGCACGACUUUGAUAGUAAGCUCCUAGAACUACAGGAGACGAUUGAGGAUCUCAAGGAAUCCAUCGAGUCCAGUAAAGCGGACCCGGAGUUUUUCAAGAUCACACCUGAGACGAUCAAAGAGAGGGAGGAUAUCGUUGGCAACCUGUCAUCGCAGUAUGACAAGCUCUCGUCGCAAUGGAACGAGCUUGGUGAUUCUAAGAAUUUGACUCCGUUCAAGAGGUUUGAAGGUGAUACUGGAGGUGACGACGAGGCAGGCACUCCAAAUUCAGAUGGCGUGGACACCGAUACGGCAAGGUUCAACGCAAUGCAACAGCAGCAGAUGCUACGAGAACAGGACGAACACUUAGACGGCGUCUAUGCAUCUAUGCAGACGAUACAGCACCAGGCCAGGGCCAUGGGCACAGAGUUGGAAGAACAGGCUUUUAUAAUGGAGGAUCUCGAGGGUGAACUGGACAGGAUUGGUUCAAAAGUCGGGAGAGGGCUUAAAAGAGUGGACCACUUCAUACGCUCAAACCAGGAAACAGCAAGCGACUGUUGCAUAGGACUGUUAAUCGUUGCCUUGAUCGUCUUAUUGGUAUUAGUCGUUGUUGUAUAG